AUGUGUGCCUGCACGUAUUCUGUUGUGACGCCCCCAACGCCCGCAGGUGCUGUGUGGCAGCAACAGCAGCAGCCUGCGGCGGCCCACCCAUGGCAGCAGCCGCCCCUGGACAUGCCAGGACAAGUGUUGCCAUGGCAGCAGGACGCGCAGAUGCAGCAGCAGGCGCAGAUGCAGAUGCAGCAGGUAGCCCAGAUGCAGCAGGGGGAGGCCCCUCCACUGCCUCCCCCUUCUGACGCCCCCCUUGCAGCACCACCGCUGCCUGCUGAGGCCCCCCCGGCUCCCCCAGAUGGGCCAGUGGCCGAGCCGGGCACUUCUGGGGUCAAUCCACCUGCUGAGGACGUUGGUAUGGAGGUUGCCGAAGAGAAGCAUGCCGUGGCAAAUGGGGAUCAUAAGGAUCCAGCAGGGCCCCAGGCAAUCCAGGAUCAGAAGCCAAGCCAGCCACCGCUUCAGCCUGUGCCGGAGCAGGCGGCCGCAAGUGGUCAAGGGGAGGCUCCGCCAGGCCCCAGUCGGAACGCUGCUGCGCCUCCUGUGCUGACAGCAGUAAUAUCAGCUGGUCCCUCGCCAGCAGGCAACUCCCGGCACUCGUCACCCAUGGGCCAGGCCAGGCCGGCCUUCCUGAAGAGCAACCCUCCAAUCAUGAUGACCCUGAAGCGCAGGGAUGGUCUGUCAUCCUUGUCCAAUUUGUCCUCCACCCGCUCUCCAGCCCCUGUACCGCAGCCUCAGAAGGCUGCCACUCCUCCGCCAGAACCCAGCACAACUGACAACGCCGCCCCUGCUCCCCGGCAGAAUGGCGGUGCCCCCCCGGAGGAUGAACGCAAGCCGGAGCGCCGGCGGCGAAUGUGGGAUGACUCCACAGAGCCCCCAUCGCAAGACAAACCUUCACAAGGUGCUUCGCGGCAGGGGACUCCCCAGGUGCCUUCUGGGAGCCAGCCGCAGCCGACACCGUCGAAGAGGCGGAGCCGGGACAAGAAGAAGCGGAGUGUGAGCACCAGCAGCAGCAGUUCUGAAGACAGCAGCAGCAGAUCCCCCAGCAGCAGCAGGACCUCCAGCGCAGAGGCCACCAGCACUAGCGGCAGGGACGGCAGCGAGUCUCCCAGGGUAGGCAGGCGGAGCACUGACUAUCGGCGCUCGCGCGCGCGUGACACACGCUCUCCCGUCAGCCUUUCGCCUGCCCGGCGGCGGGAUCGCAUGCGCAGCCGCCAGCGCAGCCGCAGCCCCUACAGGCAUGCCUCACCUGACCCCUCCCUCACGUUUUUCUCCCCUCACAGCUCACACCUGCGCAGGGCCAGGCAGGGCCUUCACAGGAAGGGCCUCGAGAUGGCACCGCCGAUCGCGAACGCGGUCGAGGUCGCGAGAGCGAAGCCGCUAUCAGUCUGUCAGGACCUCGCCAGACCGGCGGUACACACCGCAUUAUCACCCUUCACGGAGGAGGCUCGUGCUACCCAGCCGUCCAGGAGGCGCAGUCGCACGCCACCUCAGCGGUACAGGGAGGCAUCUCCCGCACCAGCAGAGCUCCAGGAAGUGGAGGAUGAUGAAGUGCCGCCGCCGCCCCCGGACGAGCCCAUGCCGGGUGAGCUGGACCUGCAGCUGGAAAUGGAAGCCAUCACCGCCAUGGACCAACUGAUCCAGGCUCGCAUCACGGAGAUAGCAGCGCAGUAUGGCUGUGACUUUGAUAAGCUGGACGCGUAUGGGUGCCGGGACUUGUGCGAGGAUCUGUACACGCAUGUGUACCCUGAGCACCCGGACUUCAGCGCAUGGGAUGUCUCGGACGCUACUGAGCUUGCAGCCUUGCAGCAGGAGGAGGCUAGCCUCACCAUGGGCAUGGAGUUUGCCCGGCAGGGGCUGCCUGACAUCUCAGACAUCUCCCUGGGGCCGCCACCGCUGGAACUGGAGAACAGGCACUUAUCUGAGGUGUUGGAGAAGCAGGUGUUGCUGUCCCCGGAUGAGCACGCCGUGGGAGACCCACGAAACAGACCAGAGGCCGGCGAGCUGGAGCCUGAGCUGCCGCCUGUGCUGCUGCCGGUCCCCCUGUUCGCUCUAGGCCCCCUGGAGGCGGCGGUGGCCCCCGGCGGCGGCUGGGAGGAAGAGAGCGUGCUCAGCUGGUCCGAGUCCCCCCGGCUGACCGGCCUCACAGAGGAGGUUGAAUUUAGGCCAGCCGUGGCGCCGGAGGAGGCGCAGGCGGAGCUGAUGCAGGCGCCGGCGGCGCCGCGGCACGAGACGAUGGUGCGCGACGACGACCGCGACUGGACCAAGGAGCAGAUGGCGCGCGCCCAGGAGCAGGCCGCCCCCUCCCUUCCCCGCGGACCCCCCAAGGACCCCGAGAAAGGCGAGGACUGGUCAUGGAUGGAGGUGCACAGGGAGCGCGGGUUCGGGUUCACUUCGCGGCCAUACUCGUUCAUGGAUCUGCGCGGAUGGGCUCAGGAGCGUCAGUACGGCCUCGACUUUGGCGUCCCCAUCUACCGCAAAAACGACGGCCUCUGGCUGCCCCUCACUGAGGUUCCAGUAGAUGUGGAGGAUCUGGAAUGGGCUGGCGAUGGGCACACCCCUGCGCAUGCUGCCGGGGCUGAGGAGGCCGGGCCGGGGCUAGGUGCCACCACGGCGCGGCAAGUCACGGUCCCUGAAAUGGAGGCAGCCGGCAUGUCGGAUGAAGAUGCGUCGCAAUGGCUGGAGCAUGCCAGCACCGCCCCUCGCCUGCCGCCCGCCGAAAAUGGGAAUGCUGCUGGCAAGACCUUGCAAGUGCAGGCGGAUGUUAUGGAGAAUGGGGAUGCCUCACCAUCAGGCGACGACAGCCUGGAUGUCUUUGCCUGGUUUGACGAGGAGUCCAGCCUCAAACGUCAAGCCGCCUCACUUGCACGAGCCCGUGCAAAGGAGGAGGCUGCCAGGAAGAAGAUGAAGGUGCCAUCGCUCGAUGUGGCGGUCGCGAGCACAGCGGGUGGUCGGCGGCUGUGGGGAGCGCCGCCGCCGCCGCAGCACAGCGCGAUGCUCCGCGGCAAGCUCGCCAGCGCGGUCCUCAGUGGAGCCGCCGGAAAGACCAUCGUGGCAGAGAUGAUCGGGAGGGCGGCGAUCAAGGUUCUGGAGACCCGUGGUCCGGAGAUCGAGGCGCGCAGAGCCGCGCUGCGGGCGAAGGGCGCAGAGAGGGCGCCCAAGCCUAGGACGCCCGAGCAGAGGGGCCGUGGCAGCGGCAAGGCCGCAAAGUCCCACCACGGCAAGGAGGAGGCGCCAGCCUCAGCCAGGAAGAAGAAGCGUGACGCUGACCAGAGCAAGGCCCCAGCCAUCCGGGAGCUAGAUGAGCGCCCCGCACACCAGCACAGCAGCAGGGAAGAGCGUGCGCAGGGCUCAAAGCGGGCCGCAACUCCACCGAGCAAGGCAGCAGACAGAACCGCGGCGGCUGUGCAACGUGCUGCGACACCUGUAAAGGAGCGCACCCCUGGGCGUGCAGAGGAAGCCAAGCCUGUGUUUGCAGAGCCGAUCAAGCAGGAGGCAGAGCCUGCAAGGGACUCUGCUGUCAAGUCUGAACGACCUGAAGCAGACGGCGGUGCGCCGGCCCGGGACGUGCAGCAGAGCGCCAAGCUCAAAGCAGAACCGCAGUCGGGCGGCAGUGCCGAGGUGGAAGACGCGCGGCCCAAGGACAGCGCGGCUGCACCGGAAAAGGAGCACAGAGAAAAUCUGCGCAAGGCGCAGCUCAAGCAGCAGCACCGCAGGAUGAAGCACAUCCUGGCCGACGACGGCAGCGAGGACACGGACGCGCCGUCCGACGUUGCGGCCAGUGGCGACGCCGGCGUCGGCGCGCGGCCGCUGCAGAAACGGCACCGGCUGCAGAAGCACGCCUCCCUGGACGCCCUGCAGGCCUCGGCGGCUAUCUCUGAGGGCGGCAUCAGCGUGGCGGUUGCAGAUGCUGCGCCGCAGCAGGCGAAGAAGCUGGCACAAGCGGCGCACGGUCAAGCAGAGGAGCCAGAGGAGGAGGAAGAGGAGGAGCAGAGUGGAAGGGCUGUCAAGGGAGCCGGCUCGAGGCGAGGGCGUGCGCAGGAGCCGCCUCGGCCGAAGGACAAGGGCAAGGCCGGCGCCAAGGCCGGCCGGGGCCGGGCCAGGACAAGGUGCGGCAAAAGGCGCGCAAGCUCGCGUGAGGACUCUGACUGGGAGGAGCAGCACGUUGAGCCAACGGAGAAGCGGCGGCGCAAGGAGUCGGAUGUAGAAGAGGCGCAAGAUGGCGGGACGGAUGAUGAUGAGCGGGUGAAGGAGGAACAGCUGCAGAGUCUCAGACAAAUGAAGGCCUGGGAGCAGCACCGCGACAAGCAGUGCUACGACGCUCUUGAUGCCAUACUGAGGGCGCUUGUGAAGAAGGACAGGCAAUUUGAGUGCCCCUUCCUUGACCCAGUGGACACCAGAGCGCUGACUACCUACCUCGACAUCAUCAAGCAGCCCAUCUGCAUCCAGGAUAUCAUGGGGAAGGUCAAAAGAAAGGAGUAUCCUCCCAGGAAGGAGGGGCUGGAUGCUUUUCUGGCGGACGUGAAGCUGAUGUGCGACAACUGCCGCCUGUUCAAUGAGGACAACCCCCCGUACAUCGAGUUUGCAGAUGAGAUCGAAGAGCAUAUCAGGAAGGUAGCGGACGUUGAGUGGAGGAAGACUACGGACCUCAUUGGCGCCCGCCGCCGCAUAUAA